UUUACAUGUAAUCGUAUGGGAAAAGAUGAUCCACCUUACGACAUUUUCAUGAUACGAUCUCAGUUUCGGAACGGAUUAAUUUCGUAUCCUGAGGUACCACUGUAUUAAGUAUUUGGUUAUAAGUGUUAUUGAUAUAUAGUGAUCGAAUAAACAAAUACAAAUCUUUUGAACAGAGGAGGCCAUUCGGCUUUCUGUCUUCAAAAGCAGACGAUCUGAAGUUGUAUCGAUAACCGUAUGUUAGAAAAACUCGAAAAAUAAAACUGAAAUAACUAAAAUCGAUACAAAUAUCCCUUUGAAAAUAGACACGUGUUAACGCAACUCUCGCCAUUUUAGCCCAUCAGACGAUCGGGAGCAGUUAUCUCUAGAAGGAAAACAAAGGGCGAAAACAAUAGCAUUAUCCCUACCAGUUUAUCUAGUAACCAUGGUAAAAUCUCUCAAGGUUAAAAUAUAGUUUUGUUUUUUUUAGAGUUACGUGAAACAACUUCGUUGAAUGUGUGAGUGUAGUGUUUGUCUUCUUUUACCACAGUUAGGACAACAUGAUCAACCGCUUUCUUAGUGAAAUUAUUUGACAGGGACAAAGGUAGACCUUCUAGUCACUCCUUAUGUCGACGAAGUGGUGUUAUCGUUUUCGAGUGGAUAAGAUUACAGGAUUUAAAAAAUAUUGUAAUUCUCCAAUCAAAGUUACUUUCAAUAUCAUAAAGUGAUAUCACUGAAUUUAGCGAUGACGUUGAUGCAGUCACUUCAGUCAGCUUAGACGUUCAUUUUGUAUGCCUUUUAUUGUAUGAAAAGUUUAUACAUUAAUCGGACAAGGCAAAAAUCUUCACUUUACGACUUCAGUUUACAUUAAGAAAGAACGACAGCCAAAAUAUAUAGGAAGUCUCUCGUUAUAUAUUAUAAAUUCCUUUUGUUACAUAAGGGAAUAUCGGCAUAUCAAAUAUGUUAAGUUUAAUUACUUAUAAGUUUUCCAUUGUUCUCUACAAUUUAGGAUUUUAAGUAUACAAAAUAUAUCUGUUUAUCUGAAAAAUGUCUGACAUCAGAAUAUCAAAUUCACCUUCUAACUCACUUUUACGAAAGUUACAUUGCAGGUAUCAAAUCACAUUCUAUUGAUAUUGCAUGCACACAGCUGCAUACAAAAAGUUUGUUGCAAUACCUGAAAGUUUUCACAAAAAUCAUACUACAUAUUUAAUAUGCUCGACCUUCCCCAUGAAUAGAUUUUUAGGAAUAAAUGAAAAUAAUCUUAUCAGUUAAAAAUUUCGCAGAUAAAGAACUUUAUGCGCAAUAGUCUGAUAUACAGUAAUAAAUUUUUAUGUAAUGAAUUAGUUAAAAGUCUUUCUAUUAUAUUAGAUUAUUUAAAAUUGCUGCUACUCACAAGGUGAUUGGUAGCACAUGCGAAGUGGGCGAAAGGUGUGCUCCUGCAAAUUGAAAAUGCUCGUUCCAAUUCUGGCCAUGGUUAAUAUGGGGUUUUAGUUACUGUCAUAUCCUUCGUACUUCAUAAACACAUCAAAUCAAGGGGUGAGCAGAUUGAUGUGUCUUAUACGCCUGGCCGCCAUCAAUAUAGUAACCUUUCGAAGACAACUCCGAAACUGUAAAUGGGAAGGGAAUCAUGUGACACAUAAUUUAGUGUUAAAAUUUUACUAGGAAUUGAUUGUUUAAAGAUUUUAUUGAUUUACCUCCCAACGAUUACAGAGUUAUGCACGUUAAAUUAUUACUUAAUGUACAUACUCUGGGUACAUUCUAUAUUUUUUUGCAGGGGCGUUAUAUGCAGACUACAAUAAUAUAGUACUUAUUAAAAUUUAUUUGUUUAGUAAUGCAGAAGAAUUCAGCUACACCAUUUGGCACGUGAAGACUCGUGUGCUUAUCGUUACAUUAAGGUGUUACACGUAAAAUAAAUAGCAAUACGUUUACUUUAACAUUAUAUUUAUAAUAAAUUUUGAGUAAAACGAAGAAAUUUCUCAAUGUUUUAUCUCGUUUGUAAAUUAUAACAGUUGAAUUAAAGAAAUGGCAGAGGCAGAAGUUUCAAGUGAGGAGGAGAGUACGACAGUUUGUCCAGUUGAUUACAAACAAGUCGAGAAAGCAAUGGAUGGACUGAGACAAAAUGAAAAUAUGUUUAAAAAACUAUUAAACGUUGAGAAUUGUAUCAAUAUCCGACGAUGCUCAAGAACUGUACACAAGUUCACGUUGGACCAAAAAUAGAAAUUCAUUCCGAUGAAUCGAACGCAAGUUGCUCAAACAAAGAAGAUGAAGAAAAGGAAUGAAAUUUUGAAGACUUGCUGCCAGGUGUUGAAAAACAAAUACAAGACUUACUUUUCCUACAUGAGGUCCUUCUUGUGGGAAGGCAAGAGGAACGAUUUUCCAUUAAAGGAUUAUUUCGUAGAAUUGACUGUAGAAAAGGCAGAUUUAUUUGGAAAGAAAAUAGGAGAGAAAAUAAGCUUGAAUGAGAUAUUUUCUAUAGAACAAGAGGGACACCAAACUAUUUUAGUUACAGGAGAUCCCGGUUAUGGCAAAUCAACUCUGUGUAAAAAAAAUGUGUACGACUGGGCAACCACGAAUUACCUCAAACACUUUGAUUUAACUUUUAUUGUAAUUUUACGAGAAUUAAGUGAUAGAAGUGUAAAGGAUGCAUUACUCGAUGACAUACACGAAUACUCACCAAAAAAUAAGAAUUGGAAUCUACAGGACAAACAGCUGAAUAUUUUAGUGAUUUUGGAUGGUUUCGACGAGAUUGUAGAAAAAUCUAAAAUUAUAACAUUUAUAAGACAGGAAUCUUUUUAUAUUUCUCGUCGAAUGACGAUUGUGGUUACCAGUCGACCUAAAGCAGCAGAAGACAUCAGGGAAGAUAUGAACAUGAGGUUUUCCAUAGAAGGAUUUUCUCUAAAAUAUCAAGAAAAAUACAUUUAUUUAAUGUUGAGAGAAGACGAGAGAAAAGCAAGAUUAUUUUACCAUGCAUUGAUAGCAAACGACUUUCUCCGAAAAAUAGGUGAAUGUCCUCUGAUGCUGCGUAUGUUGUGUUGUCUCUGUCAGAAUGGAGAAAUGGAAAAACUUGAUACGAUGACAGAUUUAUACAUCCGAAUAUUCUCUUUGAUAACUGAACGUUAUGUUAGAAAAACAAAUCAGCAAGAUAAGUUUAAAAGAGGAAAAUUUUUUGUGGGAGAAAAUUUGUUACUGAAAUUAGGAGAAAUAUGUAGACAGCGUUAUAUUAUAACAUCAGAAUGCUUGAGAUACUAUUUUCCGAAAAAAGAUGAAUACAAUUUUAUUAUGGGUCUGGACAUUCUUACUCUGAAUUCUUUUUCUCAAUAUCAUAUUAUAAUUGAAUACAAUUUUGUACAUCGCACAUUUGGCGAAUUUCUUACAGCUUUAUUAAGAUAUUUCAAUUUUUUCCCAUUUAUCCGUAUUGGUGAUGUGGAACUACAAUUUUUAUUGGGGUUUUAUAACGAUAAACCUUUACCUAAAAAGUUCUUAAAAUGUGUAGAGAAAAAUACUUUUGAUUCCAAUUCUUUGCGGCUCGUUUACCGGUAUAUGAAAGUAAAAAAAAAAUAGGGAACAAUUUUGUUCUCAUUUAAGAGUGGUAUGUGAUACUUGGGACUACCUUUUUCGGAUUCACCACUUUUGGAAAUGGUACGAAUUCAAAGAAUUAUAUGUAUAUUUUUAUGAGAUUAUAAAUGAGUGCGUUGGAUCAGAGGAUUUCGUGAUUUCUUCCAUGAACGACUAUAGUUUUCCGAAGAAAGUAAAGAUUUAUCUCAUCCUCACACUUGAGAGAGAGCUUUUCGAAAAUAAAUACGACAUCAGAGAGCCUGUUUCACGGAUUAUCUAUUUACUUCAUAAAAUGAAUACAAGAAAGUUCGACAUUUUUCUUGUUGGUGCUAAGAAGCUUUUGGAUGUCCCUUGUAUGCCGAAGUGGUUAAAAAGAUUCACAAAUGUAAAUGUCAAUUUAAAUUUGUCUAACGAUAAGCUGAAAUUAUUAAAAGUAAAUAAAGACGAAAAACUGGUUGCAUUGGAAAGUAGAGACGACUCAAAAGUUUUUUUCAGUUACAUUCUUACAUUGAAGCAAUACGAAACUUUACGUCGUCAUAUAAUAUUUGAAUCUGUCAGUAAACAGAAUUCAAGGUGUAUGGUAAUGUAGACGAGUAUAAAAUAAAUGUAAGAUAGUAUAAACUCUAUUUAUAAAAUAAAGUGUAGU